AUGGGAGACAUAGCCACAAUGUUUUUCCAAGUAAGAGUUCCCAGUGAAGACCGUGACUGCCUCCGAUUCUUCUGGUGGCCAAAUGCCAAUCUCAAAGAGCAGCCGGUUGCCUAUCGUCUGAAAGUUCACCCAUUCGGAGCAGUGUCCUCACCGAGUUGCUCAAGCUUUGCUCUUAAGCAAACUGUUGAGGAUAAUGUUGGUGACUACGGAGAGGCUUCAUGUGACAUAGUGAAGAGAAGUUUCUAUGUAGACGACUGUCUUGUCUCGGUUGGUACAGAACAAGAAGCUGCUCAUUUGAUCCAGAGUACCACAGCCCUGUGCAAACAAGGCGGCUUUCAUCUGACAAAAUGGGUGUCAAAUAGCCAUCAGGUUCUGCAGACGGUGCCAAUAGAGGAACGGGCAAAAGACAUCAGAGAGUUGUCGAUGGAGAAUCAGAACCUUCCCAAUGAGCGAGCUCUGGGGGUUUAUUGGUUUGUGGAAUCGGACAGCUUGGGGUUCAAAGUCAGUUUGCCAAAGCAACCUGCAACACGACGAGGAAUACUUUCUAUCACGAGUUCAGUUUAUGAUCCUCUGGGCAUCGCAGCUCCUUUCGUGUUGAAGGCCAAAAUUCUCCUUCAGAGUCUUUGUCGACGAGACAUAGGAUGGGAUGAAGAGAUCCAGGGAGAAGAUCUUAGAAUCUGGAAUCAGUAG